GGCUACUUUACGACACCAAACUGAUAAAAAAAGAAAAGAAAAAGAAAGGAAAGGAAUCUCGAUUGCGAAGCGAAGCCAACUCAGUAAGACUCACUCACUCUCAAGUCUUCUCUCAAGUCUCAUUCAUCUUUCUCACAUUCUCUCCGGAACCAAACUUCCACGAGAUUCUCGAACACCUUUUCGCAAAAAUCGAAAACCCACACCAUUUCACUUCACAACCUUCUCGCUCCACUGAGAGACUCUUCAUCGUUUCCAGUCCACGGAAUCCGAAUUCCCACACCUUGAAUUUAACUUCCGAAUUUCGCAAUUCUCGCCAAAGAUGGAUCCUGAACUGGAAAACGAUGAUUGAGGAGGAUUGAGCGAAAGCCGGAGCUAAAUGAAGCGAAAAGUUUCGCAGCAGAGACCUUGGUGUUAUAAAUGGAGGAGGAAGCUUUUCGCGCUGGUAUUGCUAGGGUUUUGUUUCGGGACUACCGUAUUAAUGAUGCAGAGCCAGUACAGUCGGAUCAUGACGAUGGUGCAGAGGCCGAAGAUUGCGUUCUUGUUCAUCGCGCGGAAUCGGCUUCCUCUGGACAUAGUUUGGGACGCAUUCUUUCAGGGAGGGGAGAAUAAAUUUUCCAUUUUUGUUCACUCUAGACCAAGGUUUCUGCUCAACAAGGCAACAACAAGAUCAGUCUAUUUUUUCAAUCGUCAAGUUAAUGAUAGCAUACAGGUAGAUUGGGGUGGAGCCAGCAUGAUUGAGGCAGAGCGGAUAUUGCUUAAGCAUGCACUUGAGGAUCCUUUUAAUGAGCGCUUUGUGUUUCUUUCAGACAGCUGCAUUCCUCUAUACAACUUCAGCUACACGUAUGACUAUAUCAUGUCCACGUCACAUAGUUUUGUAGACAGCUUUGCUGAUACAAAAGAGGGUCGCUACAAUCCGAAAAUGGCUUCUGUUAUUCCAGUUCAUAACUGGAGGAAAGGAUCUCAAUGGGUUGUUCUGACCAGAAAGCAUGCAGAAGUUGUUGUGGAAGACAAUACUGUCUUUCCUAUGUUUCAACAGCAUUGCAAGAGAAAGUCACUACCUGAGUUUUGGCGGGAUCAUCCCCUUCCUGCUGACGGAUCCAAGGAGCAUAAUUGUAUACCAGAUGAACAUUAUGUUCAGACACUACUGGCUCAAGAAGGCCUUGAAAGAGAAAUUACACGAAGAUCACUGACACAUAGCUCAUGGGAUCUCUCAUCCUCCGUCGACCAUGAACGACGUGGAUGGCAUCCUGUGACUUACAAGUUUUCAGAUGCUACUCCCAUGCUUAUCCAAUCUAUAAAGGACAUAGAUAAUAUCUAUUACGAGACUGAAUACCGAAGAGAAUGGUGCACUAGCAAGGGGAAACCAUCCCAGUGCUUCCUUUUUGCAAGAAAAUUCACUCGGCCAGCUGCUUUCCGGCUUCUUAAUACGUCUCUGCUGGGACCAUUCAAUGAAGCAACAAGGAAGUCAUAUCCAUGGUGAAGUAGAUACCUGUUGUAAGUUUAAUGUAGCUAAAAAUUACUAGUCCUAACCCAUAUGAAAAGAAUCAUGUAAUCUGCAUCUAAAAAUAAAGGAGAGAGCUCUAAAUUAUAGAGGUAAAUGAUAUUGUUGAUUACUUAUAAACAAAAUUGAUAGAGGCAAAUGAAAAUAAAAAGAUAAGGAAAUUAAACCAAAACCACUAUGGUGUGUAUAGUAUCGUUUUAGGAAAAUAGAUAAAAUGAAAAGGAAAGAUCCUUGUAUUUUCUUUCCAUAUGGAUUUUUGUAAUAGGGAAAUGAUAUUUCACCCCUAUUUUUUUAUUCUUGUGUGGGAUUCACUGUGGGCUACACUUAUUUUUAUUAGAGAAUUUUUUUU